UGCUCCUCUUCUGUUUCCAAUGUGUUUCGAAGGGGAGAUUUAAUUUUACAAUAAAAAUGUCUUCAGUGCCAGUACGAAGGAUAACGGCGUGUGCAGUGUUGUUGGUGGGACUUAUUAGUCAAACUAGUGGCCAGACGGAUUAUUGUGAUCCUACGCUUUGUAAAAACAACCUAGUGCAUGUGGGAUGUGGCAAGAACGAUAACUACGGUCCAUACUGUCCGGUCGAUCGGCAGCUGGUGCCCAUCACGGAGGAGGUGAAGACUUACAUACUGGACCUCCACAAUGUGUUCCGUGCCAAUGUUGCGCGUGGCGAGGUGACCAACUAUGCAUCGGCAUCCCGGAUGCCAACGCUGAUCUGGGAUGAGGAGCUACAGAAGUUAGCUGAAUAUAAUGUUAAAACCUGCAUCUACGGACAUGAUUACUGUCGCAACACGAAGCUGUUCCCGCUGGUGGGGCAAAACAUUGCUGCUAACUCGUUCUACGGCAUGGAAGUAACGCCACUCGAUACGAUGACCGAGCUCCUGUACAGUUGGUACGCCGAGAACGAGAAUGCCAAUCAGGAUUACAUCGAUUCCUACCCGCUACUCGGCCAAGAUCCACCGAAAGAUAUUGGACACUUCACACAGAUUGUGAUGGAUAAGGCAACAGCGGUCGGGUGCGCCAUGAUACAGUACACACAGAACGAGCAGGGACACGACUGGGUACAUCAGAACUACGUCUGCAACUACUCGAACUCGAUCGCCCGUGGCCAUCCGGUGUACGUGAAGGGUAAUCCGUGCGAGCUGUGCGUGACGGGUUGUAGCACCGACUACCCGGGGCUCUGUAACGCUGGCGAACCGGUGCAACCUACGGCCGCAUGGUGA